GAAAAUGGAAGGCUGUGCUAGCUUACUAGCUGGCUAGCUGAGCGAAUCCACGAAUACCUGGAAAGUAAUCAAUCAGGUUCAAGAGUUGUUAGCUGUCGAUGUCAAAAUGGACCCAAUGAAACACAACAUCACCGACGGCUACAAUGCAGAGGAAGAGCCGAGCGAGCCAGAGGGCGGCGAGUCGAGUGUCAGGCCGACCAUGUCUCAGGUUAAAAAGUCCUGGGGCUUCAGGCGGACCACCAUUGCAAAAAGGGAGUUCUUGGAUGAACUCGGAGACCUAACCCACAGUCCUCCGCUUGUACGCAGAGGCCGAAGCCGUCGAACCAACCAGACGCUCCCGCCCACUCCAGAAACACAAACCCCACAGAGAUCUAAUAGUGCAACUAAGAGUGUUCUCGAUGAGCUUGAGUGGUCUGCCCCAUCAUCGCCUGUGUCGGAGGAGAGCAAGCCAGCCUCCGAAGCUUCUGCAGGAGGGAGCCUUGACCCCAGUUUAUGGCAAGAUUUUGGGUCUGCCUUCCACACUGCCUUCUCCCUGCUCGGCGGGGAUGAAGGCUGUUCAAUAGAAAUGUCAGAUGCACUGGCAGUUCCUGACAUUUCGGAAGCCACUGACGCCACCGAAGCUCCUCCUCCAGAGGUUAUAGAAGACACAGAGGUGCCUGAUGAUAAUGAAUCUGCUGACGACAUGGAGGUCUCGCGACCUGUUACUCCUGACAAUGAGGCAGGAGGGGACCCCGAUGACGUGGUGGUGAUUUCUAGUCAAGAGGACAGCGAUGAAAUGACUCUGCUACAGAUUAAAGAGCAACUGGCGUCGAAAGGAAAGCGGGGAGACGCGAGAGCUCGAGGGGGUAGAGGUGGCCGAGGCAAGGCCAGAGGAAGGGGGAGAGGCAGAGGAAAGGGAAGAGGUAGAGGGAGGGGCAGAGGGAGGGGCAGGGCAGCUGCGCUUCAAUCCAGCAUUGUAGAUGAGGAGGAUGAUGAUGAUGAUGAUGAGGUGGUGCUUGUUAAUCCAGCUGAACAGUCGCAGGAGGAAAAAGAAAAUGAUCCACACGGCUCUGCUGACACUGAGAUAUCCUCUACUAACUCUGAUAUGACUCAGCAAUCAGGCUCCGACUGCAUACUCAUAGACACUGAUUUAGACCAGAUUACUGACGUGACCCCUGGCCAGUAUGAUGACGCACCAGAGGAGGUGGAGAAGAAGAUAAACAAAAGGAAGUGGCCAGGCAUAUUGGACCCAAAGGGCUCUGACUCCAAUGCUCUGUACUGCAUCUGUCGACAAAAGCAAGAUAAAAGGUUCAUGAUCUGCUGUGACAAAUGCCAGGGCUGGUUCCAUGGCGACUGUGUCGAUAUCACUGCGGCGCAGGGCCGUAAGAUGGAGAGGAGGGGGGAAGACUACAUCUGCCCGCCUUGCACCACAAAGAAGCGAAUCCAGCUUCAACCGAAGCUUUACCAUCAACCGCAGCCUGAGUCGAGCGAUCCUGAAUGCUCGACACGGAGUCCUCCUGGUGGAGAGCAAGAGCGGCACGAGGAGCAGCAAGUCCUCACGGAGACUUUGUUGGUGCUGGACGAGGAGGAGGAGGAGGCGGCCCCUAUGACUAAGCCGGAGCUAGAGCCGGAGCUAGAGCCGGAGCCAGAGCCUCAGCCUGAACCAGAACCUGAGCCUAAAGCUGAAGCUGAGCCUAAAGCUGAAGCUGAGCCUAAAGCUAAAGCUGAGCCUAAAGCUCAGCCUAAAGCUGAAGCUCAGCCUAAAGCUAAAGCUGAGCCUAAAACCGAGCCUAAAGCUAAAGCUGAGCCUAAAGCUGAAGCUGAGCCUAAAGCUGAGCCUGAAGCUGAGAUGGAGACCGAGAGCUCGCUUCCUCUGUGCAUUGGACCCGGGUGCUCCAGACAAGCCCUACAGGACUCUGUUUAUUGUGGCACUGACUGCAUCCUGCAGCACGCUGCCGUCACUAUGAAGACUCUCUCUGGUCCCAAGGUGCCCAAGUCCAGAGGACGGCCACCAAAAAAAGCGGUCGCUGCCAGACCCGCCGCUAAGGGUCAGAGGCCGGGUAGGAUCUCUAAGAGAUUAGCCGAAAAGUCUGAGGAGGAAUGUGAAGAGGAGGUGAAGGAAGAUGAUGGGCAGGAGGAGGCUGCGUCUCCCUUAGCCUGCGACCCCGCUCUCACAGAAGUGCAGGCCACUUCCAUACCGUCAUCUAAGUUAAACACAGCGUCUAUUAAGGACGCUAAAGAGGAAGAGGCUGACUGUGUGGCAGUUACGCCAUCAAAACCACCUCUAGAAGACGCCUCAAAAGACGCUGCUCCCGCCUCCCAGCCUGCAUCUGAGUCCGGAUGCAUGCCGGGACCACAGAGCCACUCUCAAGGAAAGGAGCCAAUCAACAGUGGUGUGCCCGAGCAGCAAUCUGCAGAAUCGGAUCUUGCGAUACCACCCAAAGCAGCAAAAUCUAUACCGACUCCAUCCGCCUCCACCUCAGCUCCAAGACAUCAUGAAACCGGCGCUCUUAUGGUGAGUAAAACCACGUACAUCAUCCCAAAGAGGCAGCCUGCACCCCAGCCUCCGUCCAGCCACGCGUCGGCCUCGGCAUCAGGCCAGAAGCCUUCCUCGGCCCCCGCGCUGCUGAACGAAACCAGAAAUCUGCUGGUGCCACCGGCACCCAGCGCUCCCUCCUCCAGACCCUCUCAGCCCAAUAACCAGGUCCGACAGAGCAUCCAGCGUUCCCUCUCCAGCAUCCUGGUCAAAAGGUUGUGUGAUUGUGACGAUUUGGAGAUGUCUGAGAGUGAAGUUGCAAAGCUUGUCGCGAGCAUCGAGAUGGAGAUGUUCGACAUAUUUCGCAACACCGACAGCAAAUACAUGAACAAGUACAGAACUAUAAUGUUCAACCUGAAGGACCCAAGAAACAAGGGUUUGUUGUGUCGGGUGGUACGUGGAGAGAUCAGUCCUUUCAGACUGGCUCGGAUGAGCCAGAAGGAUAUGCAGGCUACCAAAGCAUCAGAGCCAAGUGUGAAAGAAACAACAGAGGUUAAGGACGCUGCUGCUAAAGCGACAGGUUUGCAGCAGAAGCCUGAAGCCGUGAAGGUUGAUUUGCCCAGUUUGAAUCCCGCUAGACCCAAUAGGAGCACGGUUGCUUUCCAGGAACAAAAGAAAAGUCUUCCUGCUCCUGCGCUCAAGACCAGAACAAGCCAACCAAGCCAGAGAAGUGCUCUCCCAGAUAUUCUCACCUGUAUGCUGAAGGACACAACUUCGGAGCACAAAGCUCACCUCUUUGACCUGAAAUGCAAGAUAUGCACAGGCCAAAAGCUAGUUGGGGAAGAAGUGGAACCCGCAAAGAAAAAACCCAAGGUUUCUGAAACGAGAGAUAAUUAUGAACCCCCUUGGAGAAAGACUGCAGGAGAUGCCUCCCCUCUGCGUGCGCCACCUCAUUCACCUGACAUGGAUUCGCCGACGUCAUCCCUAAUUGACCCUUCGUCCCGUCUUAUUAUUGACACUCCAGCAUUAACUAUCGUGGAAUCCCCUGCUUCCCCAAUAAUGGACUCUCCAGCCUCCCCUACUUUAGACUCUCCGGCUUCCCCUGUCAUGGAAUCGCCGACAUCCCCAACUCCAGACACGUUUAAAACUCCUACACGAAAGAGAGCAUACACACCCGUUGUGAUCCCUGCCGUCUCCACGGUAACUAUCACAAGGCGUGACCCCCGCACUGCAGCAAGCAGGUUCUCUGCUUUUUCUAGUUGCAACACGAGUCCAAGUAAUACCACUCAUACGCAAUCAGUCCCUUAUGCUCCUCUCAAAGAGACGAUCUCUGCAUCUUCUUUAGCACCAGCCCCCUCUCCGCCACCAACGAAAUCAUUACCUAAAUCUAUCUUAAUGAAACCAUCUUCCUCUGUGGAUUCCAGGCUCUAUGGCACAUCCUCAAGGACUGUGAUCUCUGAAUCUCCAGUUGAUGCUGAAACUUCUCAGUUCUUAGCCAAGCAAGACAUCGUGUGGAAAGGCUUCCUAAACAUGCUCUCUGUGGCCAAGUUUGUCACCAAGGGAUAUCUGAUUUCAGGACCUGCUGAAAAUCUCAAAAUGGAUCUACCUGAUAACAUACAAAUUGGAGGACGAAUCCUGCCUCAAACAGUAUGGGAGUACGUUGCAAAACUAAAGAGCUCUCCUACAAAGGAGUUAUGUGUGAUCCGUUUUCACCCUGCAACAGAGGAGGAAGAGGUGGCCUACGUCUCCCUGUUCUCCUAUUUCAGCAGCAGAGGACGUUUUGGUGUGGUCGCCGAUGGCAACCGGUCCAUCAAGGAUAUAUACCUUGUUCCACUCAGUGCAAAGGAGUCAAUCCCGUUAAUGCUACAACCUUUUGAUGGACCAGGGCUUGAAAAAAACAGGCCCAAUCUUCUCCUGGGUCUGGUAGUCAUCCAGAAGGCAAAACGUCCAGGAAGCUUGCCUCAGGAAAUUGAAGAGAAGAGACCUAAAGUUAAGACGUCCAAAGACCCGAUGUGGAUUCCAAAACCCCCAGUCCUCUAUGGUUCUGACAAAUUGGAAAUAUUUCAACCAUACAAUCCAGAGACUCUUACGAGCACCACACCUCCUGGCACACCACCUUGCCCUGGUUCGCCAUCAGACUCUUCCGGCUCAGUGACCAUGCCACCGAAUUUGACUUAUAUUAGAACACACCCUCCUGUUUCUACCUCAGCUGCUGUUGCUGCCACUCAGUCCACCAUCUCUGACAAGAAUCCCACAACAACAUCCAGUAAUAAGACACCGCUGCAGACUAUCUUAAAGAGUUUGUUCGGCAAGCAAACUGACUCUGCUGUCUCUUCUGACAGAAUUACUACGGCAACAACACCAACUGUUAGUCUGAAGAAGGGCCCAGUGUUUUCUCAGGUGUCUCGGUCGAUGGUGGAUCCAAUUGUCCAACAGUAUGGACAGAAAUCCAAAGUCAAAAAAUUGGUAGAAGAAAAUGAAUUUGACCGGCCUUAUGACCCAGAAGAGGAGUAUGAUCCAGCAAUGGGAUAUGGACUGGUUGCCCCGAAGAGGAUAGCAAUAAUUAAGGCAGAUGACCCUGCAAUAUCCGGCUUUGUAGAUGAUGGUGUGGCCUAUGAUCCAGAGGACGAGACCAUCUUUGAAGAUAUUCAAAGUGAUGUAGCAAAGCCAUCUGUUUCAACUCAAAUGUCAGAUUCACCAUCAUCCCUCACCACAAUUUCUACCCAGAUUGUAACGCCAGCUCUAGCACAAACCUCCACCCCAGCGGGAGUAAUUCAGAACAUUCCUACAGGCACUGUGGUUGUCUCAGCUGCAACACUAACAGAACAACAGCGGAUGCUUGAAGAGCUCAAUAAGCAGAUUGAAGAGCAAAAACGGCAGUUGAAGGAGCAGGAAGAAGCACUACGUCAACAAAGAGAGGCUGUGGGUAUGUUCAUGGCUCACUUUUCUGUGUCUGAUUCCCUGAUGUCUCCCCCACAUAAAUCGUUGCCUCUUAGUCAACUGUCAGGCUCAACAGACAAGACCAGCAACCUUACAGACAUUGUGGAAAUUUCAAAUGUGGAAUCAGAAACUGUUAAGCUUGAAGACUUACCAGCCACCCCAAAUUUAGAAAAUGAUACAGAUACCGUUCCAGAGCAAGAUGAAACGCAGGACAAUGUGAAGCAAAAUGACAAUUAUUUCUCUGCUGGAGAGAUUGAAGAUUCUGAUGUAGCUUAUGAUCCUGAGGACGAAACACUUUUUAAUGAAAUGCAAGAUGAUGUAUUUCAAGGAGGCAGUUUAAAGACUUGUGAUUCAUCUUUGUUUAGAACAGGACAUAGUUCCGGCCGCAAGGGCACUCCCAAUCCACACCACAGCAGAAAGCAAAAAAUAUCGCCAAAGAAGCGAAGUCAUCGCGAAAGAGAACGCCAUAGCAGUCCUUCAAGAAGAUCUCAACAGCGUUCUCCUUCACAUUCCCGGAGACGUAGGGAAAGGGAAAGACACAGAAGAAGUGAAAGGGAGAGAUCAAGCCAUCGAACUAGAGACCAAUCUGAACGCCAGGGUCGGCACCGUAAAGAGCAUACUGCACACCGACAUUCUCAUGGGCGUAAAAGAUCCCCAUCAUCUCAGAGAAUAAAAGAUUCAGGGUCCCUUUCACCAAAGCAGAGCAGGGGAAUUUCCCCACAAGUCCUUGAGAAAUCAACUGCUUCAAAUGUUUUAUUUAAUGCUCCAGACUCUUCAGACUCUGUGGUUGGACAACUUGCAGAGAGCAACAAAUCAUCGUUUACCUUGAUUCCUAUUAAAUAUGAACCUGAUGGACAUAAAAGUAAUCUAGUCGAGAACACUGUUAAAGGAUUUCCCCCCUUUUCACAUGAACUUCGUCACAAUGUGAAGCUUGAAACUUCAGAACCACCACAACCCCAGGAGCCUAACAAAACGUCAGUCAGUGGAUCUUCUACACACAUGGAUAAACCCUCUCAACAGGGGACUCUAUUUAUGAGCAACAUGGAAAGCCCAAUUCCUCUAAGAGAAAUUGAUCCACCCAUUCGAGAUUCUCCUCAGAGCCCUGAUCCAGAGCCACAAUUUGUGAAACCUAGCACCAUAGAAAAUAGUAUCGAUGUAAAAAUUGAGGAAAUCAGAGAUCCUUUGACAAGUUCCAGCGUCUCGACGCAACAUGUUAAAGUUGAAAAUAUUGAUUUGCCUAUUGGAGGUCAAACAACAAUGUCCAAUAUGCUGUGGUCUUCUGAUGGAGGUCCAAUAUCAAAUGUUAGUGGUAUUGGUUUGAGAGUGCUAAAUCUGAAAUGCCCAGAUGAGGCAGACAAACAGAUAGACAGGGGUAUUCCAGACUUAAAGCAUCAGAAUGUACUCGGUCAAAGGGAAGGAGUUUCAAAUCAACCUACAGGCACAGAUGUUCAGGGUUCAGGAACUGAAAUAGACUCUGUGCAAAAACAUCUAGGACCGGGUAUGAGUGGUCCAGAAAUUGGACAUAGGGGUCCACAGAUAAAUCGGAGAGAGACAGAAAUAGGAUUCCCAGGGCCUGAUAUGAGAGAUCCAGGCAUGCAAGGAAUAAGUCCCAACAUUUGGAGUCAUGGAUCACACACACAAAACCCGUCUAGUAUACAAUGUGUGAAGCCAGAAGUUAAAGGCCUAGGCCCUGAUAUGAGACACAGUGAUACAGAAAUGAGAAGACAAUUUAGUUUAGCAGCUGUCACACAGAUAGAAGCUAGAGCUCCAGAUAUUAUAGGAAAAGGUUGCGGCCAAAAAGAUAGUGGUGAAAAUCCACAUACUGCAGGUAUGAGAUCUGCUAUGAGGGCUGGUGGUGUUCGAGAUCCAAGUCCAGAUAUAAGGAGACCAGGUCCAUCUUUUAGGGGGUCGGGAAGAGCUCAAAGGCAAUCUAGGCAUGAUGGCAGUCCAGCUUUAGAUGUGAGGGACCCUUCAAAAAUGUGUUUUCAGGCUCAUGGAAGAGAUGCCGACGUGAGCAGGACGGGUGGUGUUCGAGAGAGGGGAUUAGAUUCAAAUGCAACUACAGUCUCAGAGAGUAGAGUUCCAAGAGCAGUGACAGAUGAAAGGUGCGGCCUACAAAGAGGGCAAGAUGUACCCAUUAGAGAACCAGGGCCAAACAUAAAAUCUGAAAGUGGUGAACAAGACCAUAACGGGCCUGGAGAACACAUCAUGGCACCACAGCCUGAUAUUUGGGCUGAAAGGAGUGGGCAUGGCACAGACCAGAGAGAAUCAGAAACUAUGCAUGAAUUAAGUAGGCCAGAAAGCAGUUAUAUGCGGCCUGGUCAAGAUAUGGGAAGUCUGUGUGGCUCAGAUACGAGGGGUGAUGGCUUUCCAAACAUUGCAAAUCCAGAUUGGAGAGGUCCAGGACCAGGUGUUGUUGGCCCUGAUAUGAGGGGCCAGAGAAAUCUAAAUAAAUGCCUGGCUCCACAUAUGAGGGGUCCAGAUUGGAGUGGCCCAGGAUCAGACAUAAGAGAUGACUGGAGAGGGCCAGAUAAAAGAGGAUCAGGUUCAGUCAGAGGAGGACAAUUUCAAAAUGAACUGAGAAUGCAUCAGCCUGCUAGAAAAGGUAAAGACGUGGAGGGCCAGGGACCUGACAGAAGAGGUGCUAGAGACCAAGACAUGAAAGAACCAGAGUCUGAAAUGAAUGGACCAAACACGGAGGACCUCAGGCAUGACAAGAGACCAGGAGGUGCAGAUGUCAUGGUGGUUCAAGUGCCUGAAAGUAGCGGUCCAACUAGGGGCAAUUUAGGACCUGAUAUGUUAGGACCAGGGGGUACAACCUUUUUGGGACCAGGACUUGAAAGGACAGGGCUUGGUGGUCCACAUUCCAGAGGACUAGGACCUGAAAGACAAUGUCCAGCUAUAGGGGAUCAAGGACUAGAUAUGAGUGGACUGGCAGGUCCAGAUUUCAAUAGAUCAUGGCCUGAAAGGAGAGGACCUGAUAUGGUUGGCCCAGGGCCUGAAAGGAGAGGUCCAGCUAUGGAGGGUCCUGUUCCCAGUCCAGAUUUCAGUGAACUGGGACCUAAAACAAGAUGUUUAUCUAUUGAGGGUCCUGGUCCUGACAGGAGAGUACCUGGAGUUCCAGAUUUCAGGGGACUGGGCCCUGACAGCAGAGGUAAUUCUAUGGAGGGUAUUGGGCCUGACUGGAGAGGAUGUGGAGGUAUAGAUUUCAGGGUACCAGGGCCUGAAAGCAGAGGCUUAUCCAUGGAGGGUCCUAGGCCUGACAGGAGAGGACCUGGAGGUCCAGAUUCCCAGGGUCUAGGGCCUGAAAGUGGAGGCUUGAAUUUGGAGGGUCCUUGGCCUGUCAGAAGACCACCUGGAGGUCAGGAUUUAAGGGGACCAGGGCCUGAGAAGAGAGGAUCUGAAGGUCCAGAUGCCAGGGGCCCAGGGCUUGAGAGGGGAGGUCCUGAAAGUAGAGGCUUAUCAAUGGAGGGUAGUGGGCCUGACCACAAAGGACCUGGUGGUCCAGAUUUCAGAGGACCAGGACCUGAAAAGAAAUGUCAAGCUAUGGAGGGUGCUGGGCCUGACAGGAGAAGACCUGGAGGUCCAGAUCUCAGAGGAACCGGACCUGCAAGAGGUCCAGCUAUGGAAGGUUCUGGGCCUGACAGGAGAGGACAUGGAGGUCCAGAUUUCAGGGGACCAGAUCCUGAGAGGAGAGGUCCAGCAAUGGAGGGUCCUGAGCCUGACUGGAGAGGACCUAUAAGUCCAGAUUUCAGAGGUUUGAGGCCCGAGAGGAGAAGUUUAUCCAAAGAGCGCCCUGGGCCUGAUAGUAGAGGAUCUGGCUGUCCAGAUUUCAGAGGACCAGGACUUGAAAGGAGAGGUCCUUCUGUUGAGGCCCCAAGACCUAACAGAAGAGGACCAGGAGAUCCACAUUUUAGGGGACCAGGACCAGAUGGAGAAGGUCCUACCAUUGGUGGCCACUGGCCUGCCAGGAGAGAACCAGAAGUUCCAGAUUUUAGUGGGCCAGGACAUGAAAAGAGGGGUCACACUAUGGACAACCAAGAACCAGAAAGGAGAGGACCAGGAGGUCCUGGUUUCCAGGGACCAAGGCAUGACCGGAAAGAUCUAGCUAUCGAUGGACUAGGGCCUGACAGAAGAGGACCAGGAGGUCCAGAAUUUAGAGGGCCUGGGUGUGAAAGUAGAGUUCCCUCUUUGAAGGUACAAAGACCUGACAGGCGAGGUCCAGGAGAUCAAAUCCCUGAUAUACAUGGUGCUGACAUGAAGGGACCAUAUGUGAGAAGUCCAGGGACUGACUUUACUGGAAUGGGGCCUGAAAGAACUGGUCCAGGCAUAGAAGGCCCAGGGCCUGAUGGUAGAGGACAGAGAGGACCACACAUUAGAGGUCUCAGGCCAGAAAGUGGACAACCAAAUAUUGAGGGCCAAAGGCCUGACAGGAGAGGUCCUGUUAUCGGGGGACCAAGGCCAGAAGGACCAGGUUCCAGUAUUGAUGGUCUAGGGCCCAACAGGAGAGUCCCAGGAGGUCCAGACAUGAGACCAGGGCUUCAGUAUUCAGAUCCAAACAGAGAGGGAUCAGGAGCUGACAGGAGAGGUCCAGAAGGUCCACAUUUCAGAGGGCCUGAGCCAAGAAGAAGACCUCCAAAUAUGGAGAGUCCAGAAUCUGAUUGGCGAGGUCCACCUAUCAGGGGUGCAAGGCCUGAAAGAACUGUUUUGGAGGGCCCAGGGCCUGCAAGGAAACGUCCAAGAGGUCCAGAUUGUAGAGAACUGAGUUGUGAAAGUAGAGGUCGAGACAUUGAUGGUCCUGGGCCUGGCAAACAAGAACCUGUAGGCUCAGGAUUUAGGGAGCCUGGGCCUGAAAGAAGAGGUCCGGACAUGGAGAGCAUUGGACCAGAAUGCAGAAGGUCUGAUGGUCCAGACUUUGGAGGCCCAGGCAUCAGACAGAAAGGUAUAAGACCCAGAAGAGAUGACUGGGAGAGGGCUGACUUUAGUGGGUCAGAACCCAUCCAAGAGAGCCAUGAUAUUGAGGGCCAAGGAGUUGAUAGAACAGUACGACACUUGAGGGGUUCAAGGCCUAAAAGGGGAGGCAUUAGAAGACCACAGCCAGAUAUAAGCAAUCUAAAUCAAGGAGACGGAUGGAAAGAGCCAGACUUCAGGUUAUCUGCCCUUGAUAGAAGAGGAACAGACCCAGAAGAGCAAUGGUCCGAUGGAAGAGGGACCAAUAUGCAGUCUGUAGGAAAUGAUUGGAAUAUACAUGGCAACAGAGAUCCAGGCCCCAUCCAAGAAGAUUUAGGUGAGCAGGUUCAAGAAGAUAGUAGGCAAGGUCCUUGUGGGGAAUGGCAAGGCCCUGAAAGUAGGGGGCCAAGGUUCAUACCGAAAAGACCCCCUAUGCCAUUUCCAGGGUCGUUGAGAGGUCCAGGAGAUGAUUGGAGUGGUCCUGUUUGCCGCGGCCCAGGGCCUGUCCAAGGUGACCAAGAUAUAGUCUACCCAGGGCCUGGUAGGGGAGGACCUGGAAAUGGAAGGAGAGGAACAGAAAGAGGGGGUUCUGGACCAAAUAGAAGGGGGCGUGGACCAUUUUUCAGUGUGGAAAGAGAUCCAGGUAAUCAAGGCUGUGAUAGAAGAGGUCCAAAUAUGGGAGAACCAGGAUCAGAUAUGAGAGAGGAGCAUAUUGGGAAUGACUGGAUGCAGCCAGAUUCCAGGGGUACUAUGAGAAGGGGGUCUUACAGGGGAGCUCCAGAUUUGAUGAAUUCAUGCCCAAACAGGAGCGAUUUUGAAAUGGAAGGUCUUGAUAGAAGAGGCCCCAGAGGUCCAGAUUCAAGACGCUCGGGGCCUGAAAACAGAGAUUCAAACACUGAAGGUCCAGGGACUGAUGAGGGGUUUUCAGAUUGUGGGGAAUUCAGAUCUGAAAGGCAGGGUGUAGACAUAGAAAGCCCAAGAGCAGGUAGACAAGAAUUUGAUCAUGACUUUAGGAGGGGAAGUAGAGGUCCAGGUAUGAGAAGGCUAGGGCCUGUUAAAAUAGAUAUGAGGGGAGCCCCUGCAAGUUCAAAUAUAAGACAUGGACCUGAGUGGUGGGAUACAAACACUGAGGGUCCUAGGUCUGAUAGGAGAGGUCCAGAUAUGGGCUCAGGGUUUGAGCCAGCUAUGAAGGAUGACAUUCAAGGGUCACAUAUAAGGGGCCCAAGAUGUGAUAGCAGAGGACCAGACAUGACAUCAUCACCUCAUUCCAAUAGUCCUCAUCUUGACAGUUCUCAAGGCCCUAGGGAUCCACAUUCUGCAACAUACAUUGGACCCUUAGGUCCAACUCAAAGCAGAGGAGGAAAUUCAUGCGCCAGUUUUGACAAUCUACAAAAGCAGCAUGCAGUAAAACCCCAAAGACCCAGAGCUGCCUUGCUUCCCACUCCAACAGAAGGUCUCAUACGCUUUACGCAUCAUAUGAUCAACAUUCCUGAUGUCCCUAGCCCAAAACGGAAAAAAAUAGGUCACCCAGCCGACGGAACGUGGAGUCGAGGUAGAUCAGUGAGUCGAGAACGAGAGUUGAUCAAAGGGCAGGAGAAAAGUCCUGCUGGUAAUAUAAGCACACCGGCAAAUGAAAAGAAAGAGGAUGGAGAACAAAAAAAGGAAGUGGGCAAUAAAACUGAUGAACAGGAUACAUGUGUAGAAACUAAAACUAAUGAAGGUAUGGACAGCGAUGGAAACAAAAGCAUUGUCAAGUCAAGUUAGACACUGGCUAAAAUCAUAACCCCUUAGGACAGACUAAGGCUGUCAAACUAGACCUGCAAAAAGUCUCCGUAUCGUCACCCUGAACAGAAAUACUACAGCAUAAACACUGAACGUAUUUUUCUCAAGGAAAGGGUUUGUCCAUGUCUUAUUGAAAUUUCAAAAAGACCUACAGUCAAAGUAAUGUGAACAUUGAGAUCAUAGCUUGAUAUGAAAAUGCUCUGAGGUAUUUGAGUUAAUUAUAUUCUCGUUUGUCUUGCAUUCAAAGUAGAUGCAUUUAUUGUCGUGUUUUUUACUGGAUUGUGACUAAAUGCCUCUUGAAUAUUAAUCACAUCAACUGGAUGUGCAUUUCUAGUUGGAAAUGAUAUGACAUGUUUUGUACAGAGAAUGUACAGGUUUUGUUUGUUUGUUUCUUUCUUUGAGUUUUAACAUAACUACAAUAUCAGUACAGUAGCCUGGAUCUGGCUUUUAUGUUAUUCUGCUGAUAAAAAAUGCUUUGUUUGAUUAUUUUAGAAUGCAAGAGGUCAAUAAAAGUAUAUACCUUUUUUUAAAUGUGUAUUACGUCUGAUUUUGUCAUCUAUAUUUGUGCCUAAAUCUGUUUUGUUUUUGUUUUUUAAAUCACAUAUUAAAAUGCCAGCACCUUUCUGCUUCUGGUAAUAAAUCGAACUGGUUUAUAUUUAUUAGAGGUUCAAACUUCUUUACUGCUCAGAACAAGGUAUGUGCAUUAUCUUGAAAUAAAAACAGGUCAUGAUUUCUGGAAAGAGA